AAUCAGAUGGGGUCACAUCUAUCUUUUUAUUUUCAUAAAUGUUCACUUAAUUAACCAUUGUUAAGCCAAUUUUAUUCAUGUUCUUGACAUGUUCUUAUAACAAAUCACAAUGUUUGAAUUAAGGCCUUUCAUAGACUAAGAACUUGCCAUGAAAAGUAUGUGGCCAACCAACCAAUAUUCUGCCUCCAAUAUAUAGGCAAGUUUUUGGUAUGAUGCAGUUCACUCAUUACAUCUAAACACUACUAUUAGAUCCUUAACUAGUUUCAACACAUUUUCUCACAUUACUAUCAUUGAUUAUGGAAAAUAUGAGAGAGAAUGAGAUUGAGGACAAUAUGUCAAUGUCACCUCCGUCCGUUGGUUCCAUGCAGAUUGCAGGAAGCAAUGGCUUUGGUCACAGCAUGGACUUCAUGUCUCAGUCAUACCUUAUUAAUAGGUACUCAGAGAUUGAUAUACAAGUUCAGGAUUCUAGUUUCAACCAAGAGCCCCCUCUUCCUGUAUAUCUCAAGUUUGAAGAUGUUGAGUUCAAAGUGAGAAAUAGCCAAAUAGUUUCAAAAAACCCUGUGAAGACAAUGAUGUCAAAGGUAUCCACACAAAACAAUGUGGAAGAAAGAAACAAAUACAAGAAAAUUUUAAAAGGUAUCACAGGAAGCAUUGGCCCGGGCGAAAUUCUAGCUUUGAUGGGUCCUUCUGGUAGUGGAAAGACAACAUUGUUGAGUGUUAUCGGAGGAAGAUUAAAUAAUGAUAAUGUAAAAGGAAAGAUAACUUACAAUGAUGUUCCAUAUAGUCCUGCUCUCAAGAGGAGGAUUGGUUUUGUUCCACAAGAGGAUGUGCUUUUUCCACAACUUACGGUCGAAGAAACAUUAAUCUUCUCUGCAUUUUUAAGGCUACCAACCAACAUGACCAAGCAACAAAAAUAUGCAAGACUUGAGAACACUAUCAAGGAUCUAGGCCUAGAAAGAUGCCGCCACACGAAAAUAGCUGGAGGCAUAUCAGGAGGAGAAAGGAAAAGAACCAGCAUUGGCUAUGAAAUUCUUGUUGAUCCUUCACUGCUGCUACUUGAUGAGCCAACUUCAGGCCUUGAUUCCACCUCAGCAAACAAACUCCUUCUCACUCUUCAGGGACUAGCCAAAGCUGGAAGAACUAUAAUCACAACAAUUCACCAGCCAUCAAGCAGAAUCUUUCACAUGUUUAGCAAACUUCUUCUGAUAUCAGAAGGCUCUCCUGUUUUUUAUGGGAAGGCUAAAGACACAAUGGAGUACUUUUCAUCCUUGAGGUUUGUCCCGGAAAUACCGAUGAAUCCAGCAGAAUUCUUGCUUGACUUGGCAACUGGACAACUAAAUGAUAUAAGUAUUCCACAAGAUAUUUUCAAAGAUCAUGAAUCUACUGACCCUUCAGCGGUUGUUAUUAAUUAUGUACAACUAAAGUAUAAAGAAAUACUUGAGCCAAAAGAAAAAGAGAAUCAUAAAGGAGCAAACACACCAAAACAUCUUCAACUAGCUAUUCAGGUUAAGAAAGAAUGGACAUUAAGUUGGUUAGACCAAUUUGUUAUUCUUUAUAAGAGAUCAUUCAAAGCAAGAUGCAUGGAAUAUUUUGAUAUAUUAAGACUUGUUCAAGCACUUGGAAUUGCACUUUUGUUGGGACUACUUUGGUGGAAAUCUUCAAUCAAUACAGAAGCUGAACUCCGAGAUCAGGUUGGUUUAAUGUUCUAUAUUUGUAUAUUUUGGACAUCUACAUGUAUUUUCGGAGCUGUCUAUGUAUUUCCGUUCGAAAAGGUUUACUUACGAAAAGAAAGGAAAGCAGACAUGUAUAGACUAAGUGUAUACUAUGCAAGCAGUACUCUAUGUGACAUGAUGGCACAUGUUAUGUAUCCUACUAUUUUCAUGCUCAUUGUGUACUUCAUGGCUGGAUUUAAGAGCACUGCGGCUUGCUUCUUCCUUACGUUAUUCACAAUUUUGCUAAUAGCUAUAACAAGUCAAGGGGCAGGAGAAUUAUUUGGAGCUGCAGUUAUGAGUAUUCAAAGAGCAGGAAUGGUUGCUUCUUUGAUACUUAUGUUAUUCCUUCUUACAGGUGGCUACUAUGUUCAGCAUAUACCAAAGUUCAUGCAAUGGAUGAAGUAUAUGUCAUUCAUGUACUAUGGAUUCAGGCUUCUACUAAAAGUGCAAUAUUCAGGAGACCAACUAUAUGAAUGUGAAAGUGAGGGAGGUUGUAGGCCACUUCAAACUUCACCUUCAUUUGAUACUGUAAACUUGAAAGGAGGUUUGAGUGAAGUUUGGGUUCUGCUAGCUAUGGCUCUUUGUUUUAGGUUGUUGGCUUACUUUUGUCUCCGCAGAAGAAUUGACAAAAGAAAUUAGUCUUAAUUUGAUGAAAAUGAAAAUUUCUUGUUUAAGAUUUCUGCUAUGAAUUAUGAUGUUUGUAACUUUGACAAUUUGAGCAAA